AUGGAGUGGCUGGUCAGCUCUUCACACUUGACGUCAGCAGGGGGCGUUCCCUUUACCAGGCCUUACCUCCAGGGAUGUCAUCUAACGCUGCAGCGGGAGAGAGAAGACGUGGAGGACUCUGUGGCCCGGCGAGUUCGGCGGUGGUGCAGCAAAGCCUUUACAGACAAAAUUUGGUGGGGGGGCUGGGACGGCCAGUUGACGGCCGCGGAUCUUUCUUCUCUUUGCGAUGAAGCAACAGAAAACGAUUUGGACUUCAGGAGGCAAACAGGUACGCAGCAGCAGCAGCAGCAGCAGCGGCAGCAGCAGCAGCAGCGGCAGCAGCAGCAGCAAUUGCAGCAGCUAGAGCAGCAGAAGCAGGAGCAGCAGCAAGAGCAGAAACAACUAGAGCAGAAGCAGCAGGAAUAG